GUCGUUUCCCCCCCCCUCUUUCCUCCCCCUUUUUUUCCUUUUUACCUCAGGCGUGCUCGCCCGUCCGCCUCUAAGGACGACCUUGGUCAGGAAUUAUGAUUGGGGUUAGCGAAGGGCAGAGGUGGCAUUAGACACUCUAUUGUUUGUAUUUAAUUAUUUUUAUCCCAAUUUACCUCUCUCUUUAAAACAAAUACACGAAACUGAUAUUUGAUCCCAAACUUUGAAGCAGGUAUAAACCCACUCACGCACCUGCCACCUGCUGACUGACUGAAAGGCACCCCCUUUGAUUCGAACGUCAGACGCAAAACUGAGACUCGCCAGCGUUUAAAUAAUGAUUUGAGUCUUCAUUGCUGCUUUUUCAACAGAUGUGACAAAAAGGCAUUUUGAGCCCGUCAUUUUUAACCUUUCAGGUUUUUCUCUUUGCCUUUUAAAAGGUCCCUACCAUUCCUCUCCAUUCUUCUAGCCUAUUUUGAGCAUUAUGGCCACUAGUGGGACAUUUAUCUUGUUUCGAGGUUUUAUGUUAAUUGCUUUUAACCCCAUUUCAGGUAACUCAGUAAGAUAUCAGGGUGAAUUUAAACAAAUGGAUACGCUUAACAUUGAGUCCAUGAAGGCACGACAAGCUCAACCUGAUAUUAUCAUAAUACAAAAGGAAUCAGUAGAGGUACCUUUGGGAUCAUAUAUACCCCAGGCUAUUCAAGAAUCAAAUGAAGUAGUGUCAAAGAUUCUGAGUGAUUUGCAGCCCAGAAAAGCAAUACCUUGGAAGCAGUUAACAUGGAAGAAAAAGAAGCAUUGGGCACCUAACAAAGCAAAUGGAAACCCUUUCAAGAAAAGAAGGGCAAGAUUCGUAAAAGAUUUGGAAAUAAGUACAAAAGCAAGGUCUGUAGACAGACGGGACUGGAUUCCCAGAAAGUUCAAAAGGCAAGUAUGUAUGAUCAGAAACAUACACAACAGUGAAGACAAAAUUCAGAAAUCCAUAGAACAGAAAGGAAUCCCUAGAUGUGUUAGAACUGCUUAUUUUGAUGACAAGGAACCUAAAUCACGGACAAUUUUAAAGCACUCCAAAGAUCGUAAAAGAAGAAAAGCUGAUGGGGAGAAAAGUAAUUCAGAGAGAAUAAUCACCCAUAAUGUCAAGAAAGGACAAAUGUUAGGACUAAAGGAAAGAAGAAGAAAAGGAUCAACAUACACAGGGAAGCCUCGCUUUGUUUCUUCAAAACCCUUUAAUAGCUAUGGUUCUUCCUACAGUUUGUCUUCUUACUUUACCCCAAGCAGCUCCCAGGGUACAUUAUCAAGAAGACUGAAGAGAAGCCUUUCCAGUUUUCAUCAAAAAGAAGAUAGUUUGGAGGAUACAUUUAUGUUCAACACAGAGGAACAGAAAAUAAGAGAAAGAAGAAAAAUGGGGGCAUUUCCAAAGAAAAGAGAAGCCAGAGAAGUAUCCUCAAUCAAAACUGUGCAUCUUAAACUAAAUGCUUUAAAAAGUCAAAAGAAAUUAGCAGCAAUGGUAGACCGUCUGUCAGACCCAUCAAAUCACAUGUCAAAAAAAGAAAAACUUUCCUACAUGCAUGAACUCUUAGAUGAACUGAAGUUGUUCAUUAAGCUGUUGCAGCAGCAAAUAUUGCUGCAGUCACUAACUGACAUUGGUUAUUCGACCACAAUUUCUGCCACCCAAAAUUAGACAGCUCUAAUAUUACUGAAUUUAAAUUAGAAAAGCAAUGGGAUUCAAAUUGCUUCAUUUCUACAAAUACGUACCUACUUUGUUUCACAAAA